UUUUGGAUCCAUGCCAUUCGCAGCGGGAGGAGCGAGCGCCUACCACCUGCGCACGUCUCUUCCAAGCCCUCCACCUCUCGUCCUCAUUAGGUUUGUUCUUCCCGUCACGUCAAAGAAAAGGCGUAUCAUAGGGGGAGUAACGAAUUGAAUCUGACGAUUGGCUCUUGGUACGGUUUCGAACGUCUUUGAGCCAUUCGAUUUGAUUGCCUUGUUGAUCGGUUGUGCUUCUCUCUGCAAUUAGUUCUUUUCAAGUUACCAAGGAACUAGUAGACAAGAUACUAUAUAAUGGCCUCAGAAAAAGAUGUAUUUGACAUCUCAGGACCAUUGCAUAUUACUUCUGUAAACUGGAAAUGCUCACAUCACCGGCGGUCAGUUGCUGCAUGUUUAGUUCAGGGUGCAUACGUAUCAGAGCUGGAUCGACAACAUAACCGCAAGGGCCAAGAAGCUUUUGCACCUCCUUGGUGGGAGUUCUUUCAAUUUGAACUGUCCAGUAAUCUUGUCGAUGAUGCCGAUUCUUCAAUCUUUGGAGCAAUUUAUGAAUUUAAACCUGCUUCUUCCAAAGAUUCUUCAGUUCAGGAUGCCCCAAAAUUUGUCGUUGCUUUCAGAGGUACAAUACCAAGUAAAGAAUCCUUGGCCCAAGAUGGAUUAUUGGACAUCAAUAUCAUUCAAAAUGGUCUCCACCUUACUCCCCGGUUUGCGAUUGCGAUGCGAGCUGUUCAAAAUAUAGUAUCAGCUGCAAAAAGUUCAAAUGUAUGGCUUGCUGGGCAUUCUUUAGGGGCAGCCAUUGCGACACUAGCAGGCAAGAACAUGGCCAAGAUGGGAAUACUUAUUGAGACCUUUCUCUUCAAUCCACCAUUUGUCUCUGCUCCAAUCGAGAGGAUCAAGGACACAAAUGUAAAGCAGGGAAUUCGCAUCGCAAGCAGCUUUAUCACAGCUGGACUUAGUUUUGCCUUGAAAGACCAUCAAGAGAGAUCUACACCGGAUGAUUCCUUUGCCAUGUUAUCGUCAUGGGUGCCUCGUCUUUUCAUCAAUCCGUGUGAUUUUAUCUGUUCUGAGUACAUUGGAUAUUUUGAACACCGGAACUUUAUGGAGAAGCUUGGAGUUGGAGGCAUCGAGAGGCUAGCAACGCAAAACUCCAUAGGGGGUCUAUUCUUACGUGCGCUCGGAAAGGACUCCGACCCCUUGCAUCUUCUUCCUUCAGCGAAUCUGACAAAAAAUUUGAGCCCUUCCCCUGACUUCAAAAUCGCUCAUGGUCUACACCAGUGGUGGAGGCCUGAUCUACAUUUGCAAUCUAAGCAAUAUCAUUACGAGUAAAUGCGGAACGGAAUGGUGUGAUUUCUCCAGCAGCCGAACACUAAUGCUAACGAUUCUUUUGUAUGGUGAUAAAUUAUCUAAUGUUCUGUAUGUGUUUACGAUACUCAAAUUUUUGAGUUGUUCUUUUAAUGUAAUGUUGGAAAUGAACUCUUGAAUUGUACUUCACUGCCA